CGGCCGAGUUGCUCUAGCGACAAACCGUACCGUACAUCACAUCCGGGCCCUCCGCCAACGCACUCAACUCGUCUCUUCCCUUGUGACGCGCAAAGCGCGCGUACGUGUUGAGCCGUCAGCCAUGGUGGCGGCUGGCGGCACCACCAGCAUCAGCAGGCCGGGCGGCGGCGCGGCGGCUGCUGCGGCGGUGGCCGUACUCGUUGUCUCUGCUCUUGCGGCGAGGACGGCGUACGCCGGCGGACAGGAGGGCGACGACGAGCCGGCGGGGGCGGCGUGCGCGCGGCGGCCCGUGGUGUUCGCGUUCGGGGACUCCAACACGGACACGGGCGGCGUCGCGGCGGGGCUGGGCUACUACUACCCGCUCCCGGAGGGCCGCGCCUUCUUCCGCCGCGCCACGGGGCGCCUCUGCGACGGCCGCCUCGUCAUCGACUACCUCUGUGAGAGCCUGAACAUGAGCUACCUGAGCCCGUACCUGGAGGCCCUGGGCUCCGACUUCACCGGCGGCGCCAACUUCGCCGUCUCCGGCUCCGCCACGCUCCCCCGCAGCGCCCCCUUCUCCCUCCACGUCCAGGUGCAGCAGUUCCUCCACUUCAAGCAGCGAUCCUUCGAGCUCCUCACCCAUGGUGGGAGCGCCCCGGUCGACGCCGACGGCUUCCGGAACGCGCUCUACCUCAUCGACAUCGGCCAGAACGACCUCUCUGCCGCGUUCGGCAGCGGGGCGCCCUACGACGACAUCGUCCACAACAAGAUCCCGGCCUUCAUCGCGGAGAUAAAGGACGCCAUCAUGCUAGCUGUUGUGCAAGGACGACGACGAACCUGCUGCUUGAAUCAAUUAUUGUUUCCGAUCCAGACACUCCACUACAACGGCGCCAAGAACUUCUGGGUCCACGGCACCGGGCCCCUGGGCUGCCUGCCCCAGAAGCUCGCCGCGCCCAGGCCCGACGACGGCGACCUCGACGACAGCGGCUGCCUCAAGACCCUCAACGACGGCGCCUACGAGUUCAACAACCAGCUCUGCGCCGCCUGCGACGAGCUCCGGUCGCAGCUGCGCGGCGCCACCGUCGUCUACACCGACGUGCUGCUCGUCAAGUACGACCUCGUCGCCAACCACUCCGCCUACGGAUUCGAGGAGCCGCUCAUGGCGUGCUGCGGCUACGGCGGGCCGCCCUACAACUACAACGCGAACGUGAGCUGCCUCGGCCCGGGCUUCCGGGUGUGCGAGGACGGCGCCAAGUUCGUCAGCUGGGACGGCGUGCACUACACCGACGCCGCCAACGCCGUCGUCGCCGCCAAGAUCAGCUCCGGCGAGUUCUCCACGCCCAAGCUGCCCUUCGACUACUUCUGCAAGGCAUGACAACGACGACGGGCCUGCGCUGGUAGUGCAGUGUGUGUGAUACCUGUAAGCAAAGCUGAGCGAUUUAUUAGUUGCGAAUCCGUUUGCAUCCAAGGCAAGCAAGAAAUGUAACGCAUUUCACAAGGAAUAAUUUGUGACUAAUUAACGAUCUGUCCUGUGUCCUCCACA